AUGAGUCCUCCGAGCUUCGCCAUCCGAGACCUGCUGCCGGAGGCUUCCUCGCGCUCCCCCUCGCCCUCCGACACCGAGCUGGACGUCACCGGCACCGAGACUCCUCCGCCGGGCUGCUCCACCGACCACAAGAAGAACGAGAAGCCCGCCUACAGCUACAACGCGCUCAUCAUGAUGGCCAUCCGCAGCAGCCCCGAGAGGCGGCUCACGCUGAACGGCAUCUACGAGUACAUCAUGAAGAACUUCCCCUACUACAAGGAGAACAAGCAGGGCUGGCAGAACUCUAUUCGACAUAAUUUGAGUCUGAAUAAGUGUUUCGUAAAAGUCCCGCGCCACUACGACGACCCCGGCAAGGGUAACUACUGGAUGCUGGACCCUUCGUCUGACGACGUCUUCAUAGGAGGCACCACCGGCAAGUUGAGGAGGAGGUCCACGGCGGCGUCCAGGUCACGGCUCGCAGCCUUCAAGAGAGGAGCCGUGCUGCACCCCAUGUUCGGGAACCCGUACGCGUCUCUGGUCGGUCUGUACCCCCCCUUACUAUCAGUGUACGGGAGGUACGCGCUGCCGAGCCCGCUGUUAAGGCUCCCGCCGCCUCCUCCCAGCCCCUACCACCAGCUGUACCGCAGGAUCCACGGCCUGUCGCCUCCCGGCAGCCCGCCCGCGGAGCCCGACUCACAUCUCAUGAAGCACAACUGUGAUAGGACCAGAGCCGGCCGUGUAUUAUAA